AUGCCAUCCCUCCUGCCGCUGGGGCCAGCGGCCACUGCGGGGCCCGCCCGGCCCACUGGGAUUCCGUCCCUAUGCGGCUCGACGAAGCUGCCAUGCGGUUCUGUUGAGAGCAGGCGGACUGCCCUGCUGGCCACGGCACUGGUGCUACGACGGUGCUGGAGGUUGAGCAAACCUUCGCGCCGAGAGGUCUUCAUUUGGCCACUCCUGAUGUGUGGUCCACCGGCAAGGGCAGAGGUGACAUUGGCCGAUGUUUCCAAAGGCAUCAUGGGCGGCGAUCGGGAUGUCUACUACCCAUCCUGGUUCCUGGGUGAAUGGGAGGCCACAACUGAACUGGUCUCGGUGGAGUUUCCUCAGGGAGAGCAGAUGGCCGACAAGGACGCGCUGAGGCAAAGUCAACUUCUUGGCACCAAACAGGCAGUGGAGCAAUACCCUCAGAAAUAUAUCGAGUAUGAUGGCAAAAUCAUUGCGGACCGCGGAUAUAACAUGCGCAACUACGUCCGUGGCAGCGGCGGUGGGCCGCGUGCGCUGGAGUCCGUAGAAUGGGAUCCUAAGAGUCCCAACCUGUCCUCAGUAACACUUAAGCGCAACGGGCUCUCAAUCAAGACGGAAACCCGCAUUAAAAAGCGGACGGUUGGAGUCCCAGAAGGACGCGACGAUUUGUUCAACAGCAGCGAAGUCUUUCUGCAAGAAGUAAGUGGAUCCAGCGAGGGGGACAAGAUUACGCCGAUCCGGUGUGUCAACAAGUUCAAAAAGAAAGACUCGGAGAUCCUUGUGAUCCAACGCCUGGAGAUUUUCCCACGCUAUGACGGAAACAAUCCGGAAACGCUGAACUUGGAGAAACCCUCAGUGAUCUACAAGUACAAAGGCUUUGGAUUCUGGAAGAAGGGUGGCCUGCAUCUCAUUGAGUGCUGCGCCGCGAUCUACCACUACGAGCAUCGGUUGAAAAAGAGCGACCCGCGACUGCUGUUUUGGCUCCUGGUGCCCCAGGCUCCCCAGGCGCAGUUGGUGCAUCUCUGCUGCGUUCGAUUCAAAACCACCAGGCUCACCAGGCGGGGCAGCUGGGGCUGGGUCAUGACCUCUGCCAAAGAAAUGUCGGCCGCGCCCUACCGGCCAGGGGAGCUGCUCUCAAAGGCAAUGACCCAAGAGACUUCCGAUGCACAAAUUCCUACCAACUCCGCUGCAAGCUUCGACAUGAAAGGGCACAAGGCUGCUGCAGAGGCUCAUUGUGAAGUUGAUGGCUCAGAAAGGGUAUCUCCAGAUGAGCGUGACGACGAUGACGAUGAUGAUGACGAUGAUUAUUCCGACUCAGAGGAUGCCUAUGAGGAUGGUCAGAGGCCCGUUCCUCCGGGCAAAGUGGAUGGACAGCAACUCAAUGUAGGUUCCACAGGACACCAUCUUCGGCUGUGCAAACCCUGUGCAUUCUGGAAUACCAAGGGCUGCAAAGACGGCAAGGCAUGCAAGUUUUGUCACCUCUGUGAACCUGGCGAAAAGAAGCGCCGCAAGAAGGAAAAGAGUGCCUACAUCCGCAACAUCUCCCGUUGGCGUCAGACCGAUCCACCCCCUCCGGCCGCCCCUCCCACCCGACCCCCUCCAGGGCCCCCCGGCCCUCCCAUCGGUGGUCCUGGACCAUCCUUGGCGCCGCGGAGAUGA